AGUACAUAAGAAUUGCAUCUCUCAGUGACCCUGUGGGAUGUGGUGGAUGUGAUUCUGCUCCAUCAUCCUUCUCGUCCUGUUCACCAUCGAAUUGGUGUUAAGGAAAAGUUUCGGUGCGCAUCUAAAUUUCGUGCGCCUGAUUUACUUUCACUCCACCCCGUGACACGACCACCUUUGCACCGAUUCUCUCUGAAAUACCGAAGAGACCCUCGUCCUUGAACCUUCAAAUCGGUUCAUCUCGAAGAACUCACUUUCGACCGUCUGCGAAGUCAGUCUUAUCUCGCCAUGGCUACCGAAGAGAAGUCCGAAACCCUGGCCCAGACGACGCCCGCUGAGGAAGCCGGCGUGGCCCCAGCUGUGCCAAAGAGCUGGAAAUACAAGACAUUCAGAGUUGGGCCUUGGACAAUCCCAUGCUAUGCUUCUCCACCCAUCCAGCUGGUCAUUGUGAGCUUCGUAUGCUUCAUGUGCCCUGGCAUGUACAAUGCCCUGACUGGCAUGGGAGGCGGUGGGCAAGUCGACGCGUCGGCUGCCAACAAGGCAAAUGUCGCCCUGUAUAGUACCUUCGCCGUGGUCGGUUUCUUCGCCGGCACGUUCACGAAUCGUCUGGGCAUCCGAACGACUCUAUGUUUCGGUGGCCUAGGAUACUCGAUUUAUGUGGCAAGCUUCUUAAGCUACAACCACAACAAGAAUGAGGGCUUCAACAUCUUUGCCGGUGCAUUGCUCGGUGUAUGUGCGGGGUUGCUGUGGUGUGCUCAAGGGGCCAUCAUGAUGAGCUACCCACCAGAAGAGAGCAAGGGCAAGUACAUCGGCUGGUUCUGGAUGAUCUUCAAUCUCGGCGCGGUCAUUGGAAGCUUGAUUCCCCUGGGCCAGAACAUCAACGCGGUUAGCAACACCGUCGUUAAUGAUGGCACCUAUAUCGGCUUCCUCGUUCUCACUAUUGUUGGUGCAGUGCUUGCCUGGACCCUUGUGGAUGCUAAAGAUGUUAUCCGCCACGAUGGAUCCCGUAUUAUUCUUAUGAAAAACCCGACCUGGUGGACCGAGAUCCGUGGUCUUGGCGAGGUCUUCAUGACCGAUCCUUAUAUCGUGCUCCUCUUCCCCAUGUUCAUUGCCAGCAACUGGUUUUACGCCUAUCACUUCAACGGCGUCAACCUCGCAAUGUUCAACACCCGCACUCGAGCCCUCAACGGCGUUAUUUACUACGUCAUGCAGAUCUUCGGCGCGAUGUCGUUCGGAUACGCUCUCGAUCGCCCCUACAUUCGAAGAACCACCCGCGCAAGGGUCGUGUGGGUGGUGCUGAUGGUGCUGACAAUGGUCAUCUGGGGAGGCGGUUAUGUUUUCCAGAAAAAAUAUACUCGUGAUCUCGUCACCACGGGCGCCGACACCGAGGAUGACCCAACCGACGACUAUGUCAAGCUCGACUGGACUGAUAGCGGCUAUAUCGGCCCAAUGUUCCUGUACUUGUUCUAUGGCUUCUACGAUGCUGCAUGGCAGACCACUGUCUACUGGUACAUGGGAGCCAUCACCAACAACGGCCGCAAGCUUGCCAACUUUGCUGGUUUCUACAAAGGAAUCCAGUCCGCUGGUGGGGCCAUCAUGUGGCGUCUGGAUGAUAUUGGCACCCCGUACAUGACCCUCUUCGCCAGUUGCUGGGGACUUCUGGCCGGUUCGCUCAUCAUCGCCGUGCCUGUCAUCCUCCUAAAGAUCAAAGAGAGCGUCGCUAUCGAGGAGGACCUGAUGUUCUCGGAUGAGACGGUGCAGGAUGUGAUUCCGGGGGCGAGUCUGAAGGAAGCCAGGGAGUAGCUGCAAGAAUAAUCUUGUCUUUCUAGCUUACAGUAAUGAGGAGGGAGUUUGAUUUUUGAGCGGACCCGUGGAAUUUGGGGUAGCGUUCAAGCGGAUGCGUAGAUGCAUCAGACGUUUAAGGUGACGCGCAAAUCUCCGAUCAAGUCUUGUGAACGCAAUUCAGUUAUUG